CAGCGCAAUAGACGCGCCUUGUAUUUGGGGUUAGUGAGGUAACAAGGUUUCAUUUCUACAGGUCACGUAGCAGCCUAAUUUCAAGCAAUGCCCCGCUGAACAAUUUUGAAGCAAAGCUUUGUUGAAAACUCGAGAUUUGUGUCACUGCCUGCAUGGGUGUCGAACUACCCGUCUCUAUGUGGAAAGCAAGCGAGUGCUGACCACGGAAGUAACAGGCUGACGUGACGUUAUUCUCCCUGCGUUCCAUUCUGAAGUGAUUAUCCCUAUGCCCUACCUCCUUUCGAAGUGUAAAGCGCUAGUUAGAUGUGUUAACCCUCGAGGAAAAAACGCAAUUGUAUCUCUUAAUCUGUCCGUUUAAAAUGUUCUUGGCAAAAGGAGCAAUAAAAACAACGUCGUCAUCUCUUGGGGUGACGUUUUGUACGGUGUCCACUUCCUGAAGGGCCCUACGGGGAGGAAUAUAUCUCGUUUUGAACGCAACACCAGUUUGCGUCAUUCUCGUUUUCUUCCGUGUGAGAAUAAGAAAAGGAACGAAGAUUGACAUUUUUAAAAUGUUUAACAGAAAGGACACAGUCGAAUCUCACUCUGGACCAAAGGUGAAGGCUGUAGCUCGGGCUGGAAGCCAUAUUACUGCACCUGUACUCACUAAUAAUAAAAUAAUAGGCAAUGUUCAUUUUAUACAUAAUGCACACAGUUUUGCUGGGUAUCGCACACACUCUGAAAAAACGCAAGGUAUAACAGAAACAAAGGCUGUGAUUUUAAAACAUAAGAGGCGGAUCUGCAGUGAGUAUCAGUAUGUGACCGAGUAUAACUCGCUACCUGGAGAACAGGUGUUGCUGUCUGAGCGCUUCACACAACCUCUGAUACUCCAGAGACAUAGAGACCAAAAACAGAGAGAAGAAGAGAUUUGCUCCAGUGGAGAGAGCUUCCAGGAAGUUCUCAGCUCCAGGAGCAGUGAAGACUCUGUCCAUCUGAACUCUCUGUUCGACCCAGAUGACCACGGGAUCAGUCCGAGUUCUGUGAUUUUGCAGGGAAAUUCUGGAAACGGAAAAACCUUCACUGUGCAGAAGAUCAUGUUGGACUGGGCAUCUGGUGACCUCUACGAUGGGCGGUUUGAUAUCGUGUUCCACCUAAAGUGUAAAGAGAUAAACCGCAUACCUGGCAAAAAGAGUUUGGCGGAGAUCUUGAGUUACAGCUGCAGUUUAACGUCAGAUCAGAUCUCACAGGUGUUACAGCGCUCACCAGAGAAGGCGCUUUUCAUCGUUGAUGGAUUUGAUGAGCUAAAACUCGCAUGGGAUGGCACAUCAGCACACAAUGAUCUGCUUCAGAAAGCCUCACCUGUGCUCACACUUUGUGCCCUGCUGAGGGGUCGAAUCCUGCCAGAGUCUUUCCUGCUGGUCACCUCCAGAUCUACAGCUACAGACACACUAAAGGAUCUUCUUAAAGGACCUCAGCAUUUCUCUGAGAUUAUGGGAUUUGCAAAAGAGGGGGUGGAGAAGUACUUCUGGAAGUUUUUUCACAAUGAGGAACUUUUCAGACAGGCUUAUACAUUUGUGAAGACGAACGAACCCAUUAUUGCUGCCUGCUCCAUUCCUGUCGUCUGCUGGAUCAUCUGCACAACUAUCAAGGAACGAUUCAAACAUGGUGCAGCUGCAACAAGCGGACUGGAAACCACCACCUCCAUCUACGUUGAUUUUGUGUGCACUCUACUGGAGCAUCACUGCCAGGGUUUGAGUCAGUCCGUCCCGACCCUGCUGAGGAGUCUGGGUCAGCUGGCAGAGAGAGGGAUGCUGGAACAGCAAGUCCUCUUUGAUGAGGAAAGUGUAAAUGAAAUGGUUUCAGACCCUGCUGGCAGUCCAUUCCUGUGCAAGUUCCUCUUUAAGAGAAGAAUCCGGCAGGAGACGAUGUUCAGUUUCAUGCAUCUCAGCUUUCAAGAGUUCUUCACUGCUCUGUACUAUGUCCUCCUGGAUGAAGAAGAGUCCCAGAGGAAACUUACAGAGCUACUUACAAAUGACUCAUUGAUUGAUGCUCCACGUUUUGCAGCUGUGGUGCAGUUUGCAUUUGGCCUGUUGAAUAAGGAUGUGAGGAGCACACUAAGAAAACAUGGUCUGUUUGUUCAUCCAAAAACACAGGCUUAUCUGAAAGAAUGGAUUUUGAAAACGCUUCAAUGUCCUAUUUAUUCGAGAAUAGUACUUUUUUUUCUUCACUGUCUUUAUGAACUUCAUGAAGAUGACUUUGUGAAAGAAGCUAUGGAUGUCUGGAAAAACAUUAAUGCAUAUGGUGCAUUCAUGAGAAGAACAGACUGCUGGGCCCUGCUGUACUGCUCUCAAUGCUGUCAGAGCAUAGAAGAACUGUCUAUUGUUGACGGCAAAUUGACAUGUGAAAUGUUGUCUAUGAUUUUGCCUGCAAUUGUUAAGUAUAAGAAAGUAAGCUUGACUUUAGAUGAUUCAUCAGACUCUGUUUUUGCUGAACUGAUAUACGCUUUCUCCAGAGCACCAACCAUGAGCUCACAAUGUGUUGAUGUCUGGCAAUGGAUUAACACAUUUGAGAGUAAUGUCAGAUCACUUAAUCUGUCAUUUAAUGAAGCGCUGUCCAGCAUCUGCAUAGAGACUUCAUUGUGUGGCUUAGCACCAUCUUUGACACUCGGUCUCACCUUUCCACGCUCAGAGAUAAUCAACAUCGACUGGAUCAAACUUUUUCAGAUACUUCACCAGAGGGAUUCAGAUGCAUUGAUGUCUGUUCUCUGUUCUGUCUCUAAACUGAAAAAGAUGAAAAUGAAAGUGGACUGUCUAAGUACAUUGUGGACUGUCUGGAGCCUCCAAAUCACCCAGAACUGCCCCAGUCUAACAGAACUCGCGAUAAAUGCAGACAUUUUAUUGGAGGAGGGAAUCAAGAUCUUGCAGAGGUCAUACACAAGACCAGCCUGUAUUAUGACUUUUCAAGGGUUGAUAUGCAAUAAACAGCAUCAAAAAUGCUCAAACUGGCAAAAUAAGAAACAAAGCUGCAAUCAGGAGGUGAAGAUUCGUCUGAAUUGCCAGGGCUUUUCUAUGGAGACUUUGCGAAAGCCCUUAUGGAACUAAUGGUCCAGCUUGAAACCUAGAAAACUGCA